CCACCGAUAUCUGCUGAUAUCCACGUGUUUGGUUAUGUGAUCUGUAUGUUUACGCAAGGUUAAACAAAAUGCCAGCUAAAGUACAUAAUAAAAUACUCAUAUACGAAGGUAGCAACUUUCUAAGAUACCGUUUAAUAUUAUCCACAUUAUCUGGAAAAUCAGUAAAAAUCACAAAUAUUCGAUCGAACGAUGAUGAUCCUGGUCUUAGAGAAUACGAGAUCAGUUUUAUUCGCUUGUUGGAUAAAAUGACUAAUGGCACAAAAAUCGAGUUAAAUGAAACUGGAACCAAUUUGUAUUAUCAACCUGGUUUAUUAAAUGGUGGUGAAUUGGAACACGACUGUAGCCUGCAAAGAGGUAUUGGUUAUUACUUGGAAGGAAUUAUGAUACUUGCUCCAUUCUGCAAAAAUCAGCUUAAUCUCAAACUCAGAGGAAUAACCAACAACACUACAGAUCCUUCAGUGGACAGAAUUCAGACUGCCGGUAUACCAAUAUUAAAGAAAUUUUUAGCUGGUGACAAUGAAGUUGUAUUAACCACUCGCAAGAGAGGAGCAGCACCUCUGGGAGGUGGCGAAGUACACUUUCAAUGUCCCAUUAGUCGUUAUUUGAGAACACUUCAGUUUGAAGACAGUGGAAUGGUGAAACGUAUCAGAGGUACUGCGUGCAGCAUAAGAGUUUCUCCGACAAUAGCCAAUCGCAUUGUUGAGUCGGCAAAGGGUGUUCUUCUCAACUUUAUACCAGACAUAUAUAUUUAUACGGAUCACUGUAAAGGAGCGAACAGUGGCAAAUCUCCAGGUUUUGGAGUUACUUUGGUAGCAGAGACGACCAAGGACGUGUUCUUCGGUGGACAAGCAUUUUCGCCAGUAAUGACAACGGGAUCAUUGCCCUGUAUACCUGAGGAUAUCGGCAAAGAAGCCGCAAUGAGACUUUUAGAUGAAAUUUAUAGAAACGGAUGUAUAGAUUCACCGUUUCAAAGUAUGACCGCUGCAUUUAUGGCUCUUGGCAAAAAGGACGUUUGCAAAGUUACAGUAGGACCGUUAACUCCAGCGGCGAUACAAUUCUUGCGCGACUUGCGUGACUUCUUCGGAGUGGUUUUCAAGAUAGAACCGGUUAAAGAGGAAGACGAAAUAUUGCCCCAAGUGCGCUUGACUUGUCUAGGAAUAGGUUACGCUAAUAUAAGCAAACGAACUUUGUAAUGUAAACAUUUGUAAAUAAGACUUGAGUAUUUAUAUUCAAUACAUGAUUUUACAUCAAAA